AUGACUACAAAGGGUGAUUCAGAUUUACCGCGUACACAUGACGAAUGUCAAAUGUUAAUUUUAGAAUCGAAACGCGAUGCGAUGUUUGCGCGAAUGCAACGAAUCUACGAUGCCGCCUUGCAAGUAGAAAUUGAUUCUAGUAAACUACCUAAUCUUUUAUGUCAAGCAGCUAACCUAGACACUUUACGAAAGGAAUUCGAGCAAACAUUAGAUUCAUAUAACGCUAUACAGUUAAAAUUGAAUCCUAAAAAUCCUAUUAAUUAUCAAUCAUGGAUGUCAUUCGAGGAAUUAUUUUGUUAUGUCAAACAAGUUUUAGCGACUAACAGCAAUAAAGAAUCUGAAUCUAACAUGGCGUCUUUGUCAAAGUUCCCUAAAUUAAAAUCACAUCUUCCGCCUAUUGAUAUUAUUUCAUUUAAUGGUGAUUUAACAAAAUGGCCUUUGUUUUAUCAGCAGUUUAAAAGUAUGAUUCAUGAUAACCCGAAUUUAAAUAAUAGUGAAAGGGUAUUUUACCUAGUCGGAAAAUUAACUGAUAGGGCUGCCGCAGUUUGUUCAGGGUUGCCAGCAACAGCUGAAAAUUAUAAUAUCAUCUGGGAUGCCUUAAUACAGAAGUACGACGACCCCCGCUCACUCGCUUCCGCUUAUUUAAAUCAAGUGUUGCAAUUUAAGCCACUUGCUAAUAAUAAUGAUACCGCACUAGAUAAUUUCAUAAACACUUUUGAUUCAUCGGUAGAAGCGCUUAAACAGUUAAAAAUUGAUUUGACUGAUUUUAUAUUCCUUCAUUUGGCUACGCUUAAAUUAGAUGAAGAUACCGUUAAAAUGUUUGAGCUUAUUAAUCGUAAAAAACAAAUUCCAACAUAUAAAAGUCUUAUAGAUUUUGUGAAGGAACAGAGCAAGGUGCUGUCUAGAGGGAGCAAUGUUAAUGCACAGUUGCAAAAUAAAGCUCGCUCUAAACACAUACCUACACCUGUCACGAGGUCUACUAAGUCUACUAAGUCUUUUGUCAAUACGGAAAGCGCUCGUAGCUCACAUGAAAAUCAUAAGUGUGUCAUCUGUAAAAAUGAAAAGCAUGACCACUUAUACAAGUGCACUGAGUUUAUGAAAUUAACUCCUAGGCAAAGUGUCGUUGUCAAUGCGCCAACGUCACAUACCUGCCCGCACCUUUAUAAUUGCAUACUGUCGCAAUCCGCUAAUUCGGAUGAUAUGUCUCGCACUGUGCCGAACAAUCACUCUGAAAAUAAUGUAAUUCAACCUGCUCAUGCGUCAGCUUCGACGUCCGCUCCGACGUCCGCUUCGACGUCCGCUUAUACGUCCGCUAAUCAACCCGCUCAUACGUCUUGUAAUUCACCCGCUCAUACGUUUGCGCAUACGUCCGCUAGUACGUCCGCUUAUACGUCCGCUAGUACGUCCGCUUAUACGUCCGCUAGUUCUCCCGCAAAAAUUAAUGUAUCAGAAUCGUCUAAUGAUUCAUCCGCUAACAUUGCCGCUUCUUUAUGUACUAUAUCUCGUGAACAUCACGACCGCACCGCUACAACCGCCUUAUUGGGCACCGCUAAAAUUAAAGUACUAGAUAAGUACAAUCGCUCUCACUUUGUGCGUUGUCUCAUUGACCCCGGCUCACAAAGUGAUUAUAUUUCUAUGACUUGCUGCAAGAGAUUAUCAUUACCUGUUCACACGCAAAGCCGCUUCUCUGAAGUUCAGGGAAUCGGUGGGACCUCUCAAAAGAUACUUGGGAUUUCCGACUUUAAAUUCAAAUCUCGUUUUGAUGAUACUAAAGAAUAUUCCAUACGCCCGCUUGUGGUCGAGCAGAUUACGUCACAGCUGCCCGAUGCGCGUAUAGACGUAGCAGCUAUGAAGUCUUUAAUACGAAAUAUACCUCUCGCAGACGAUGAAUUCUCGGAGCCAGGAACUAUUGAUGUGUUAUUGGGAGUAAAUCGCUAUUGUGAAAUCUUACUAUUCAAUAAACUGACAGGUGGUGAUAAUUCGCCUUCCGCCGUUGAAACCACGCUAGGUUAUAUAAUUCUGGGUGACGCACCAGUCGUCUCUCAGCUCCCACAUACCGCUGCUUUUUGUGCAUUUGCUCGCGAACCGCUUCAUAAAAAUAAUAAUUUAGAAAACCUUCCGAUCUUGGCAGAACCUGAAAUAGGAUUCUUGAACAUUGCUCAGCCAGAUUGUAAAAAUAUUAACACCGCAACAAUUAAUCUUAACUCUGACGAUAGUUUCGCUGUUGACAUUCUCUCUAAGGACACCACUGCAAAGACAAUCAAUACUUGUAUCGCAGGUGAAGAGAAUGAUUUGAUGCUUGAUAUUAAAAUUUCCAAAUCUGACUUACGCGUAAGAGACAGUGAAGCUAUUCAGAAGGGUUCGGAAAAGGAUUCUAUUUCAGAGGUUCACCCUGAGAAAGGUACCGCGUCUGGGUUUAAAUUGUCACAUAACUCUGUCAUAUCUAAUGAUGUUAUGUCGACCACUCUCUUCAGAACUCUUCGUUCAUAUUGUAACCUGCACGCUGAGAUUCUUAAUACUUUGUUCAAUGUUAGGUUUUGUAAAAUCGCUUUCUUUGAAAAUGUGAGGCAAAUGUACAUAUAUUUCGAAAUAAAUUCCCCGCACCGCAAACAUCAAAUAAUCUUAUAUAGAUUUGAUAGUGAUGACCCGCCUUGUAAACAUACAUUUAACCGCGUCACUUUCGAAUUGCGCUCCUCUCCCUUUUUGGCUCUUUGCACUCUGCGCGAAGUUGCUAAGAAGGAGAGAGAGAGAUGGCUUCUUGUCGCUGCAAUUUUCGAAAGGGACAUCUGUAUGGGUGACCUUGCUUCCGCUGCUUCUUCCACUGAGGAAGCGGUUGCGAUAGCAAACGAGCCGAUCCAGAUGUUCAAGUCUGGAGGAUUUGAUCUAGUCAAUCGGACUAGCAACCCCUCUGAACUGAUACAAUGUAUACCGCAGUCUGAAAGUAUAUCUUUUGCAGAUGAGCAUGCUUUCAAGCUUCUAGAUAUACAUUGGUUUUCCGCAUUUGAUAAUUUUGUUUUUAAAGUUUCGCAACCGCCUACAUCUUGUAUGAAAAGAGCUAUCCUCUCAGCUACCGCACGUCUGUAUGAUGAUUUGGGCCUUGUAGGUCCAGUCAUUUUAUUCGCUAAAUUACUCAUAAAAGAGUUAUGGCUUCUGAAUAUGGGAUGGGAUGAUUCUCCACCACAACACAUUGUCGACCAAAAUGAAAUUGUUUUGCGUACUCAUCUUAUAUCUUCUCGCGUAAAAAUAAAGAAAGCUCUCGCAUUCUCAGAUUCAGAAGUCGCCCUCUGCUGGGCACUCUCGUCACCGCACAAAUUUAAUAUUUAUGUAACUAACCGCAUUUUGGAAAUUCAUACGAAUUUGUCGCCACUUAAGAAGUUCACCGGCAGAAGGCAAGGACGUUGUAGGAUUUAUUACGCGUACGCACAUCAGCCUGAUGGCAUGAGAAUGACACUUAUCUACGCGUCUUGCCUGGUGGCUGGUACUCUUGCAAAUCUAUGUCAGAUGUACCGCUGGUUCCAACAGUGGAUGGUGAAGAAGAACCAGCAAGAAAUUCGGCGGUUGCUCUUCUAA